AACCAGAAGGCGGUAUGGCUGUGAAUGUGGAAGAUGACGACGUCCCACUUAUUCUCACCUUGGAUGAAGGUAGAGGCCCAGUCUCUGCACCAGAGGAGCCCCCCAGUGAAAAUGGAGGCAGCUACGACUUGAUCAAUGAUGUCUCCAGUCCAGCUGCUGGAGGCUGCUACCCUCAACAGAGCAAUGCCCGGCACAACUGGGAAAUGAACUACCAAGAGGCAGCCAUCUACCUCCAGGAAGGAGAAAACAACGACAAAUUCUUCACGCACCCCAAGGAUGCCAAAGCACUUGCAGCCUACCUCUUUGUGCACAACCAUCUCUUCUACCUAAUGGAGCUGACCACGGCGCUACUGCUGCUGCUGCUGUCCCUCUGCGAGGCGCCCGCAGUGCCCAUGCUUCGCCUCGGCAUCUACAUCCAUGCAACCCUGGAGCUGCUUGCCUUGGCAAUAGUAGUGUUUGAGCUGUCUAUGAAAAUGAGAUGGUUGGGCCUCCACACCUAUAUUCAGCACAAAAGGACCAUGGUCAAGACCUGUGUGCUGUUGCUGCAGUUCAUCGAGGCAAUAGUGGUGUUGGUGCGCCAGACUUCACAUGUCCGGAUCACAAGAGCGUUGCGUUGUAUCUUCCUGGUGGACUGUCGUUACUGUGGAGCUGUCCGAAGAAACCUACGACAGAUCUUCCAGUCUCUCCCGCCAUUCAUUGACAUUCUUCUCCUCUUACUUUUCUUCAUGGUCAUCUUUGCCAUUCUCGGUUUUUAUUUGUUCUCUCCGAACAAAUUGGACCCUUAUUUCAACACCUUGGAGAACAGCCUUGUGAAUCUCUUUGUUCUUCUGACUACUGCAAAUUUCCCUGAUGUGAUGAUGCCAUCGUAUUCCCGAAAUCCUUGGUCCUGUGUCUUCUUUAUUGUGUACCUUUCCAUUGAGCUAUAUUUUAUUAUGAAUUUGCUACUUGCCGUCGUGUUUGAUACCUUCAACGAUAUUGAAAAGAUGAAGUUCAAGUCGCUGCUGCUUCACAAGCGCACAGCCAUACAACACGCCUAUCAGCUGCUUGUCAGCAAACGGAGACCUUCGGGAAUCUCCUUCAAGCAGUUUGAUGGGCUGAUGCGAUUUUAUAAACCUCGGAUGAGCUCCAGAGAUCGUUACCUUACUUUCAAAGCGCUGAGUCAAAGCAAUACCCCUUUAGUCAGUCUAAAGGAUAUGUACAAUUUCUAUGAAGUUGUUGGUUUAAAAUGGAAGGCAAAAAGGAAUCGCGAACACUGGUUUGAUGACCUUCCACGAACAGCAUUCCUCAUUUUUAAAGGCAUUAACAUACUGGUGAAUUCCCGAACCUUCCAGUACACCAUGUAUACUCUGGUGGCGGUGAAUGGCCUCUGGAUCUUAGUGGAGACCUUCAUGCUGCGAGAUGGAAUCUUUUCUCGAGAUGUCCCAUGGAGUUAUAUUGUCUUCCUUACAAUUUAUGGGGUGGAGGUGCUGCUGAAGAUCACUGGAUUGGGGCCCAUAGAGUACCUGUCCUCAGGCUGGAAUUUCUUUGAUUUUUCAGUCACCCUCUUUGCCUUCUUGGGUCUCCUGGCCCUGGCGUUUGACAUGAAGCCGUUCUACUUCAUUGUAGUUCUGCGGCCAUUGCAGUUGCUGAGGCUGUUCAAGCUAAAGAAACGCUACAGGAAUGUCUUGGAUACCAUGUUUGAGCUGCUUCCCAGGAUGGCCAGCCUAGGCUUAACCUUGCUUAUCUUCUAUUACUGUUUUGCCAUCAUUGGCAUGGAGUUCUUCUCAGGAAAACUUUACCCAAAUUGUUGCAACACCAGCACAGUGGCGGAUGCCUAUCGCUGGGUGAACCGCACUGUUGGGAACAGGACGGUGGUGGAAGAAGGCUACUACUAUCUCAACAACUUUGACAACAUUUUGAACAGUUUUGUUACCCUGUUUGAGUUGACCGUCGUCAAUGACUGGUACAUCAUCAUGGAAGGGGUGACAUCAGAAACCUCUCAUUGGAGCCGCCUCUAUUUCAUGAUUUUCUACAUUGUGACCAUGGUGGUGAUGACCAUAAUUGUAGCCUUUAUAUUGGAUGCUUUUGUGUUCCGAAUGAACUAUACCCGGAAGAACCGCGAUUCAGAAGAAGACAGUGGUAUCGUAUUCGAGAGGGAAGUGUCUAAGGAAGAAAUUACUGCAGUUGCAGAGCUGUAUGGGAGGAACGGUGCUGCCUCAGCCGCCAGCCAUCUCCUCAAGGUCGUUUCCCAGAUGGACAGGCACGGGCAUGCAUCCAUGUUGUUCCUGGGACGGAGAUCAAGGACGAAAAGUGACUUGAGUAUGAGAAUGUAUGAGGAAGAGAUACAGGAAUGGUACGAAGAGCAUGCCCGGAAAGAAAGCCAGCUUCUAUGGCCAGAGGACGAACAGCUGCUGCACCAGCCCUUGCCUCCCCCAGGCCUCCGGCAGCGCGCUCAGACCAUUAUCUAGGCCAGGGCAACUCCA